AUGGCGGCUCUCCAAUCUUCAACGCCAACUAUGAAGAUCAGCUACCGUGAAGUAUCGCCGGCGGGAAACCCCGCAGAGAUAUCACUCCCUCUGACCUUAUUCGAUAUGCCAUGGCUAUUUUACUUCAGAAUCAUGCGACGCCUCCUCUUCUAUAGACUUCCCAUUUCCACAAAUACUUUCACCGAAACCAUAAUCCCAAAUAUACUAAACUCCCUCUCCCUAACUCUCAAACACUUUCUCCCCCUCGCCGGAAACCUAGUUUCCCCGUCCGAUUAUAGCGCCAAGCCGGAGCUCCGGUACGCGCCCGGAGACUCCGUUUCCGUCACGUUCAUGGAGUCCGGCGCCGACUUCGAUUCUCUCACGGGCUAUCAUCCCCGUGACGUUAAUGAUUUUUACCCUUUCGUAGCCAAAUUAUCAGAGCCAAAAAAAGGUACCGCCGGUGGGGCCCACGGGGAGAUAGUAUUCCCAGUUUUAGCUGUUCAGGUGACGAUUUUUCCGGGAUUUGGGAUAUGUAUCGGCACCACCCAUCACCAUGUUGUUGGGGAUGGAAACGCCAUGGCUAGCUUCGCUAACGCGUGGGCUAUGAUUAGUAAAUUGGGCGGAGAUGGGGAAUUUAUAGCGGAGAAAAAAUUUGUCCCUUUUUGUGACCGGACAAUAGUCAAAGACCCAUAUAGGACAGGGGAUUUAAUGUUCGGAGAAAUUAAGAAAGAGAUUAAGGUUGUGCCGUCGGAGGUUGAAAUUUCAACCCCGAGAAUCAAUAAAGUUCGGGCUACGUAUAUAAUGCGCCGGAGAGAUAUUGAAAAUCUCAAGAAUUUGUUCAUAGCCCGGAGAGGUAUUGAUUACUACGUUUCAGGUUUCACGGUGACAUGUGCUUAUAUAUGGACUUGCUGGUUGAGAGCCGAGGCGGCGGAGGAGGAAAGAACGGAGUAUUUCAGCUGCAUAGCGGAUUGCCGGAGCCGGCUGAACCCGCCGCUUCCGGCGAGCUUCUUCGGGAACUGUGUGGUGGGGUGCCGAUUCGCGAAAUCAAGAAACGGGGUGUUAGUUGGGGGCGAAGGGUUUGUAAUUGCGGCGGAAUUGAUCGGAGAAGCGAUUCGGGAAAGCGUGAAUGAUGAGGAGUGGAUAUUGAGGGAGGAGUUCUGGUUAUCGGAGUUUAAAGAAGCAGAUCCGCGGCGGGUAGUUGCGGUGGCCGGAUAUCCAAGAAUGGACUUGUAUGGUGCGGAUUUCGGGUGGGGAAAGGCGGAGAAGGUGGAAUUUGUGUCUAUAGAUGGUGGAAAUUCAAUGUCUCUUUGUAGGUGUAGGGAUUCAGAAGGUGAUAUUGAGGUUGGGUUGGCAAUGCCCAGAGCUCAAAUGGAAGCUUUUGCUGCCAUCUUUGCUGAUGGACUUAGAAGCUUAUAG